UCGCUGUCAUUUGUAUAGUAAGCACGCGUAUCAGUGUUUGGAUACAUUACAAAAGUGAAUUUAUUAUUAUUUGAAUAUAAUAAGAAAUUUUGACAUAAUUUUACAAUGGUCAAAGCAAAGAAAUAUGUUGUGAAACAAUAUUUUGAAGGCUUACCAAAGCCGGAAGACUAUGACAUAGUCGAAGAAGUACUGGAACCAAUAAAAGCUGGGGGCAUUGUUGUAAAAACUGAAUGGAUUAGCGUUGACCCUUACCUUCGUGCAUACAAUAGAAGAUCGAGUGUUCCUUAUGAUCAAUACAGUUUUCAAGUCGGGGUAGUCCAAGAAAGUAAAAACCCAGACUUUCCCAUUGGAACUAGAGUAGUAACUCACAAAGGAUGGCGUAAUUAUACAGUUAUAUAUCCUAAAGAAGCUUCUCCAGAAGAUACCAUUUAUAAGUUGCCCGAUUUACGAGGUUUAUCUAAUUCUUUAGGUGUCGGUGCCGUUGGUAUGCCAGGAGCGACGGCAUACUUUGGUUUUUUAGAAAUCUGCAAGCCUAAACCUGGGGAGACUGUUGUCGUUACCGGUGCUGCAGGAGCUGUAGGUUCCAUUGUGGGUCAAAUUGCGAAAAUUAAGGGAUGCAAAGUAAUCGGUUUCGCUGGCUCUGACGAUAAAGUCCAGUGGCUUGAGAAAGAACUUGGAUUCGAUAAGGCUAUUAACUAUAAAACUGCAGACGUUGCUAAAGUUCUAAAAGAAGCAGCUCCAAAUGGUGUUGAUUGCUUUUUUGACAACGUAGGCGGUGAUUUAAGUAGUGCAAUUAUAUAUCAAAUGAAUUUGUACGGACGGGUUUCUGUUUGCGGAAGUAUUAGUGCCUAUAAUGAAGAUGUCCAUACCAGCCCCAAAGCUAAUAUCCUUCAGCCUGCUAUAGUGGCGAAACAAUUAAAAAUUGAAGGUUUUAUCGUACACCGUUGGCGUAAUCAAUGGCCAAAAGCAUUUUCAGAUAUAGUUCAAUGGAUUGAAAGUGGAAAGUUAAUAGCUCGAGAACAUGUCACAGAAGGUUUUGAUAAUAUACUGAAAGCAUUUGUUGGUAUGUUGAACGGUGAGAAUACUGGCAAGGCUGUGGUCAAAGUAUAAAUAAACAUAAACACAUCGUCAUGAAUGAGAUGCGCGCAUUUAUUAGGGAAGAUAUAAAGAGAGAACCUGAAAUAAAAUCUCU